AUGAGCAAUCCUACUCUCGAAAAUACCACUAAAAAGUUUUCAAAGGAAUAUAUUAAUCCAUAUUUCUUCCUCAACGAUGAUGCCUCGGCAAUUACCACAGAUUUCCUGAUGUUGACAUCUAUAAGAUACGAUCCAUCAUUAGCCGACUCAAACGAUUCCAGCUGUGAAUUUUUCUUAUUUAAUGAACAUUUCAACCGUUUGAAAUUUCAGUUGGCCUUUUUCAAAUGGGAUAUUGAGCUUAUUAGAGAAAUUUUACUCCAAAAGUUGAUUGAAACUAUUGAUAACGUGAAGCGGAUUGAGCUUGAAAAGCUCAUAGUUAAUGCUAGAGAAAAGAACAUUGACGAGCAAUAUUUGUCAUCAGAGCUAGAAAAUCAAAGUUAUAAAAUGAGAGUGACUAUUGACCGCAAAGGUAAUGUUACCAUCGGGGCUUCAAGAGCUGUUGAUCGCCCUAAUUUAAUGGAUGCUUUAGUGGAGUAUGUUCCCCACCAAUUUCACCACCAAUCAAAAUUUCCCCAAGGGCCUCAAAUUAAAGAAUCCAAUUCAAAUCCUAAUCUCAAUAAUGAUCAAGCUGAAAAUGAUAUUUCAAUAGAUUUUACACCAUCUUUUAAUCAAUUCCCUCCUGAUGAUCAAAAUACACUCUCUAUUCCUGCACCGCUUCCACCGCCGGCGAUUUUAACUUAUUCUCUUUAUCUUGAUACUCAACCAACACCAAUAAGCAUGUUCACAUCUUUUAAAACCACUUAUCGUCCACAUUACACCCAAGCUCGCUCCAGAGCUCUUGCCAAUCCUAACGAUUAUUCGAUACGUCAAGAUGUAAUCAUGUAUAAUUCUGCUGGACAGGUCAUGGAGACUUCCAUUGCAAAUUUGGCGUUCAAGAGACAAGGAAAAUGGAUAACACCGCAGAUUAGCUCUGGCGGUCUUUGCGGAGUUGUUCGACAAAUGCUCAUUACCAAAUGUUUAGUUGAGGAAGGAAAUGUACUAAUGAAAGAUGUGCAGAUUGGUGAGGAAGUUUUAUUCAUGAACGGCGUAGUUGGUGUUGCAAGGGGCGUAGUUGCUAGUUCUUAA